AUGUCUCACAAAAAACACAAGCAAAAAAGAAAGCAUAAAAAAUCGAGCACUGAUGAUUCUUCAUCAGAGAGUGAUUAUGAAUGGAAACAAGAUGAUCAAAGUCCAAAAGAAAAAUCUACUAAAAAAAGUGACGUACAGGAAAGUAAUUGGAUCACUGAUGUCAAAUCUCUGGACUGCUUUUUUGAUACAUUCAGUUCAAAGCCAAGCGGGAAUAAAGCAACGAAAAGUAGUCAGAAUAAUAGCUACAAGAUAAAUGAGCUUAAUCCUUACUUGAAAGAUGGAGGGAGUGGUUUGCCAAAUAGUGAGACUUCUUCAAAAUCUGUUUUGACAGACGAUAAUCAAUCAUGGUUGUACAAGUCAUUCAUUCGUUGUGUUGACACAUCUAGGGAGACGGGUGUUAGUUUAAGAAAUGUAUUGCUUCAGCGUUGGGAUGAAGAUACUGUGAAUGAUAUGUUGAAUAGGUUCGGAGAUAGACAUGGAAAUAACAAAUGUUCCAGAACGCAAUGUAAUUCUAACACAGUGGAUAUAAAACCACGUUGGCGUAAAUGCCAGACUACUAAUCCUACUACUGAUAACAAUGGAAAAUCAUCGUCUCACUUACAUUCAAAAAGAGUUUAUUCGCCCGAAGAUACUGAAUCAUUAUCAAAGCAAAAGGAACUAACCACGAAUCAGAAAAUUCUAUCAAUGAUUGUCAAAGAACAUUUGAAGAACGUUUAG